CCAAAAAAAAAAAAAAAAGAAGAGAGAGAAAAGACACAACACACACCGAUAGCCGCAAGAAUCACACAAAUAAAUCGCAAAUUCCUCUCGAAUCUCUCUUACCUAAAUCCACAAUCACAGUUUCUUCUCCUUUUUGUCCUAAAAUCACAAAUCAAUCCAUCAUUUCCUACAAAUUCAUCACACAUCUUUUCCUGUUUUUCUUUGAUUAAUUUUUGAUUCGAUUAGAUAAGCUAAUCUGAACGAUCUGACAGCCGAUCGGUUCGCGAAAUUAGGGUUUCGUGUGUUAAAAUUAGGUUUUCGUCUGUUGAAUCUUCCGAUUGGAAGCAUUUGAAGCCGAUCGUUUUGGUUUUGCAGUUCCCGAGAAGCUUGAAAGGGUUGCUUGGGGGAAAUGAGUUGGAUAUAACUUGCAUGGGUGACGAUGCCACAACUGCGUAGUGGGGCUCGUAGAUCAAAACGGCUUGGAGAUCUUCAGCAGCCUGCAGCUCAACCUGUUGAACAAGCUGAAAACGUUGUUGCGCCAGCUCAAAACAGAACGACUAGAAGGAAAACUGGUGGGGGAAGAGGAAGAGGAAGGGGUAAUGCUGCAGCUGUAGGAAAAGGGAGGCCAGCUGGUGGCGGUGGUAGAGGUAGAGGCGGCGCUAAGCUGAUUGAUUUGGACCCGGAAUCACCUUGUGAGCUUGCUCCAAACGCUGUUGUUGGUGUUGCGGAACCUGUUGUUAACGGUGUUGGUGAUAAGGAUAUUGCUAUGGAGGGCGGAAGUGCUGAUAGAAUAAUCGGAGUUGAAGAAGAAGGAAACGCAACUCCUGUACCUGAUAGGGUACAAGUGGGAAAUUCUCCUAUUUAUAAGACCGAAAGGAAGUUGGGCAAGGGUGGUUUUGGGCAGGUUUACGUUGGUAGGAGGGUGACAGGUGGAAGCGGUCGAACUGGCCCGGAUGCAGUUGAGGUAGCGUUGAAGUUUGAGCAUCGUAAUAGUAAAGGUUGCAACUAUGGGCCUCCUUACGAGUGGCAAGUAUACAGUUCAUUGAAUGGAUGUUAUGGUAUUCCAUGGGUCCACUACAAGGGCCGACAAGGUGAUUUCUACAUUCUGGUCAUGGAUAUGCUUGGACCGAGUCUUUGGGAUGUUUGGAAUUCAUUAGGCCAAUCGAUGGCACCGAAUAUGGUAGCUUGCAUUGCUGUUGAGGCGAUAUCAAUUCUUGAAAAGCUUCAUUCAAAGGGGUUUGUGCAUGGAGACGUGAAACCGGAAAACUUUUUACUUGGUCAACCUGGAUCGGUUGAUGAGAAGAAGCUUUAUCUUAUUGAUCUUGGUUUAGCUUCGAAGUGGAGAGAGUCGUCAUCUAGUCAGCAUGUUGAAUAUGAUCAACGACCGGAUAUUUUCAGGGGUACAAUAAGAUAUGCAAGUGUACAUGCACAUUUAGGUCGUACGGGCAGUAGAAGGGAUGACCUGGAAUCAUUAGCGUACACAUUAAUAUUUCUCAUAAAAGGAAGAUUACCAUGGCAAGGCUACCAGGGAGACAACAAGAGUUUCCUUGUUUGUAAAAAGAAAAUGGCUACGUCACCUGAGCUUAUGUGCUGCUUUUGUCCCGCCCCGUUUAAACAAUUUCUUGAAGCGGUUACGAAUAUGAAGUUUGAUGAAGAACCGAAUUAUGCUAAGCUUAUUUCCUUCUUUGAUACCCUGAUUGAACCCGUUACGUCAUUGAGACCAAUCAGGAUUGAUGGAGCUCUCAAGGUUGGACAGAAACGGGGUAGAUUGCUAAUAAACUUAGAAGAAGAUGAACAACCGAAGAAAAAAGUACGCGUAGGUAGCCCUGCUUCACAAUGGGUAUCGGUUUACAAUGCCCGGCGCCCAAUGAAGCAAAGAUAUCAUUACAAUGUUGCAGACUUGAGACUUAGUCAACAUGUAGAAAAGGGUAACGAAGACGGUUUAUACAUCAGCUGUGUGGCAUCUGCUUCAAAUCUGUGGGCCCUAAUUAUGGAUGCGGGAACUGGUUUUUGUUCUCAAGUUUAUGAACUAUCAUCUGUCUUCCUUAACAAGGACUGGAUCAUGGAACAGUGGGAAAAGAAUUAUUACAUCAGCUCAAUUGCUGGUGCAGCCAAUGGAAGCUCUUUAGUUGUUAUGUCUAAAGGUACACCUUACACCCAACAGUCGUAUAAAGUGAGCGAGUCGUUUCCGUUCAAGUGGAUCAGUAAAAAGUGGAAAGAAGGUUUUCAUGUGACUUCUAUGACGACAGCUGGCAGUCGUUGGGGUGUUGUUAUGUCCAGAAACUCCGGAUACUCUGACCAGGUUGUGGAACUUGAUUUUCUAUACCCGAGUGAAGGAAUACACCGUAGAUGGGAGAACGGGUACAGGAUAACGUCUAUGGCUGCUACACCUGAUCAAGCUGCUUUCAUUCUCAGCAUUCCCCGACGCAAAGUGAUGGAUGAAACCCAAGAAACUUUACGGACAUCCGCCUUUCCAAGCACCCAUGUUAAGGAAAAAUGGUCAAAGAAUCUUUACAUUGCGGCCAUUUGUUAUGGUCGAACCGUUUGUUAAAUGGUGUCGGAAGUGCACCUCAUUGGGCUUAUAUUGGCUGGAUUUUGUUGUAUGAGCGGUUAAUUGGCAAAUGUAAAUCAUUAAAGCUGUGCUGCUGUGGUGUAAAAUGGACACAAAGUUGAUUGAUAAUUGAAGUCAAAAAAGGUGAAAGAAAAGGAAGAAAGAACUCAGAUAGAAGCUAGAGAAAUGUGUGCCAUAAACUCACAAUAUGUGAUUUGUAGUCUGGCUUGGUUUGGUUCAUAACUUCUGUACUUGAAAUGAUUAAUGGGAUGACAAAAAUUAAGUCGUUUGACUAUUUAUAAUGUUUUGUUGUUUGUGUUUGUGAUUGUGAUUGUUAUGUUUGGUUUUAUGAGCAAAACAUGUUUUUGAUUUA